AUGAAUACGGUAGUAUAGGAAAAUACUAAGGAUUAAAAAAACCAUGAAGACCUGUUAAAACAUUUGGUUCUUUAAUCUAAAAAUGAUCUGUUAAAUUUUGAAAAAAAAAAUUGCUUUUUAUAAUAAAUAUUUUUUAAAAAUAAAUUGGAUAAGAUAUUAAGACCUACAUUACUUCGAGAUGAUUAUUGGAUUAAAAUAUUUUACAUUUUAUAAGAGAAAACAAAGAAAACAAUAAAGGGUUCAGUAGAAAUGUAUUUAGGUAGUCGAGAUGGGUUAAAGGCAGAAUAUUUUUGGAAUAAAGUUAAUAAUAAAGACAAUCUAUUAAUGGUAUUUAAAUCCAAAAGUGGCUCUAUCUUUGGAGCAUACUCUCCUUGUAAAUGGGUGACUGCAAAUGGAUAGAAUAUAGCAGAUAAUACAUUAUCAUCUUUUAUAUUUUCAUAAACUCAUGAUUAAAUAUAUAAUUUGAAGGAGGAUUAUAAGGAUAGAGCUAUUUAUUGUAAUAGUAAUUAUGGACCAUCAUCUGGAAAUUAUAAUGAUAUUUAUAUUAAUGGUGAUUUUACUGAUGGUUAUUCUGAUUUAGGUUGUUAAUAUUAAUUUGAUAGAAAUAAUAAUAAAAAUUAUAAAACUCAUCUUUAUGGAUAAGAAAAGCCAGAAAUUUAGGAAUGUGUGAUAUAUCAAAUAUAAUUUAAUUGA